UAGCCGUGUAAUUGUGUCAUCAAUAGAACCAAACCAUGUGGUCUCUAGCAGCGGAUCCCAUUAUAGCUCUUGCAAAAAGAGUUCUUCACCAAUUCAUCCAUAAAGACUUCCAUGAAGCAGUGGCCAAUAUGACCAUCAUAGACACUUUUCUCUUCAUUAUUAUACACUCAAUUGACAAGUUGGGGAUAUGGCACCGUUUACCUGUUUUCUUAGGCCUAUUGUACCUGGCCAUUCGCCGCCACAUUCAUCAAGAGUACAACCUCUUCAACGUUGGGAGAACACCAGUGGGGGUUAGGUUUAACCCUUCUGAUUUUCCAUUCAGAACAGCUGAUGGAAAAUACAAUGACCCCUUCAAUGAAAUUGCUGGAAGCCAAGGAUCCUUUUUUGGUAGAAACAUUCUCCCUGUGGAUCAGAAAAACAAGGUAAUGAAGCCGGAUCCAAUGGUGGUAGUAACGAAACUUCUGGCAAGGAGAAAGUACAAGGACACAGGGAAGCAAUUCAAUGUGAUAGCAGCUUCUUGGAUUCAAUUUAUGAUACAUGAUUGGAUCGAUCAUCUUGAGGACACCGAUCAGAUUGAACUCACUGCUCCAAGUGAAGUUGCAAGUCAAUGCCCACUCAAGUCUUUCAAGUUCUAUGAGACAAAGGAAAUCUCCACCGGCUUCUAUGAGAUCAAUACCGGAGCCUUAAACAUCCGUACACCCUGGUGGGAUGGAAGCGCCAUAUAUGGAAGCAAUAAAGAAGUUUUAAAGAAACUGAGAACUUUCAAAGAUGGGAAAAUCAAGAUAUCCAAGGAUGGCCACCUUCUUCAUAACGAAGAUGGAACAGCAAUCUCAGGUGACAUUCGCAAUAGUUGGGCUGGUGUCUCAACCUUGCAGGCCCUUUUUGUUCAAGAACACAACGCAGUUUGUGAUGCACUCAAGAAUAAUUACCCGUAUAUGGAAGAUGAAGAACUUUAUCGGCAUGCAAGAUUGGUGACCUCAGCUGUGAUUGCAAAGGUUCAUACCAUAGAUUGGACUGUCGAGCUUCUUAAAACUGACACUUUACUUGCAGGAAUGCGUGCCAAUUGGUAUGGAUUAUUGGGGAAGAAAUUCAAGGACACAUUUGGACAUGUUGGAGGAGCCAUCUUGGGAGGACUUGUGGGCAUGAAGAGACCAGAAAAUCAUGGUGUCCCAUACUCUCUAACUGAGGAAUUCGUCAGUGUCUAUAGAAUGCAUUCACUCCUGCCUGAUAACCUACACUUGAGAGACAUAUCUGCCACCCCUGGCCCCAACAAAUCUCCACCAUUAAUCAAAGAGAUUCCUAUGAAGAAUUUGAUUGGACUGCAAGGAGAAAAAACCUUAACAGAAAUAGGGGUUGCAAGACAACUAGUAUCAAUGGGUCACCAAGCUUGUGGGGCACUAGAGCUUUGGAAUUAUCCAGUGUGGCUAAGGGAUAUCAUACCACAGAACAUUGAUGGCACAGAAAGGCCUGAUCAUGUGGACUUAGCUGCUCUUGAAAUUUACAGGGAUAGAGAGAGGAAUGUGGCAAGAUACAACCAAUUUAGGAGGGCACUAUUGUUGAUACCUAUCUCUAAAUGGAAAGAUCUGACGGAUGACAAGGAAGCAAUUCAAGUACUUGAAGAAGUAUACGGUGAUGAUGUUGAAGAGCUUGAUCUGCUUGUGGGUCUCAUGGCAGAGAAGAAGAUCAAGGGUUUUGCAAUUAGUGAGACAGCUUUUACCAUAUUCCUCCUCAUGGCAUCCAGGAGGCUAGAGGCUGAUAGGUUCUUUACAAGCAACUUCAAUGAGGAAACAUACACCAAGAAGGGAUUGGAAUGGGUGAACACAACAGAGUGUCUAAAGGAUGUGAUUGAUCGUCAUUACCCAGAAAUGACACACAAGUGGUUGAACUCUUCUAGUGCUUUCUCUGUUUGGGACUCAUCUCCAAACACCCACAAUCUCAUUCCUAUCUACAUUCGCGUUCCCCAUUAAUGUAUUUGUCUAAGCAAUCUUAUUUUGCU